AUGCAAGAAAAUAACGAGGAAAGCGAGGUUUAUUUGAGUGCUGAUGAGGGCAACUUGGGCGCCAUUCCAGCUGGAAUUUCAGUGUCCUACAGGAAGCUUCAGCCUCGUGUUCGGCAGAAUUCCAGUGAGAAAAGAACCCCUAAACCUUCAACAGAAAGUUCUCAAGGCAUUUAUGGAUUCAGGCUUUGUGAUAUGGAACUUAUUGGAAAUGUUUUUUCCAUAUUUGUCAGCUUCCCAGGAUGUAUACAACACAAUGGAAGAAAAUAG